CUCUUCCUAGAUAUUAUGUAAAAUAUAUGUAGGUGUUAAAUUGUGAAAUUAAUGUAUAUUUCGUUUAAACAAACGAUGUUUAUGCAAGUGUUUUCGCGGCAAAAUACGCCAUCCUACGGCUGACUGUGCAGCUGAUGCGCAGACACAGCUGCGUUGUUUAGCUUAGCUCUAUUGGCGCUGGCGGGAUCUGUUGAGGUGGCAUCGGUUAGAAAGGACGUCAGAUAAAUAUUUAUACUCAAUAUUGUGAAAGAAUAGAAUGUCAAGGAGGAGUGGAAGACUGCAAGCCAAGCAGCAGAAAGCAGUGCAGGCACCCGGCACCAAGGAAGAGGAAGAGUCCUUUAAAAUUUGUAGUCGAAAGCGUAAAGCAAAGGACAUGAUUGGUGAGGAGGACAUCAGAAACAUGGAAAUUCAAAAAAGGAGGCAACAAUUCCAAAUACAGAAUUGCUGGAUUCCAAUCUCACAAACCACAGGAAUACCAACUAGUACAAUAAUCCCUACACAAUUUCAACCUCCUUCAACGCCGACGGAUUUCAACAACGAAAACAGCUCGAUAUUUCGAUUUAAGAACCUCUUCCCAACACCAUCCACCUUAAGGUCGUCGCCAUUACCGACUUUGAACUGGGCGGAUCACCGGGACGUGUGGCGAUUCAUGCUUGAGCAGGAGAACACGUAUUUAGACAAGUGCGACACAGAUUACUUACAUCGGCAUCCUCAUCUUGAGACGCGCAUGCGAGCAAUACUGUUAGACUGGUUGAUAGAGGUUAGUGAAGUUUACAAAUUACAUCGAGAAACCUAUUAUCUAUCCAUGGAUUUUGUGGAUAGGUUUUUGUCAGUUAAAAGCAAUAUUCCAAAGAACAAGCUUCAACUUAUAGGAAUCACAGCGUUAUUCAUUGCUGCCAAAUUAGAGGAAAUCUAUCCUCCUAAACUUAGUGAGUUUGCCUAUGUGACAGAUGGCGCUUGUACAGAAUCUGAAAUACUAGAUCAAGAAUUAAUUAUGUUAAAGGCAUUGAAUUGGGACUUAACUCCAAUAACUGCCAACACGUGGUUGAACACUUACUUACAGUUGUGCAAUGUAGAAGAAAUUAUUCAGAAUAAUUGUAACUUUGUCUUCCCAAACUACUCAGCAUCAGCAUUUGUUCAAAUAGCUCAGUUAAUUGAUUUAUGUACCUUGGAUAUUACCUCACUGCAGUUUCAUAAUAGUACUAUAGCAGCUUCAGCAUUCUAUCAUAUGUCUUCCGAGCAGCUUACCUAUCGAGUAACAAGUCUUCGAUGGGAUGAUAUAGCUAAGUGUGUGCAAUGGAUGUCAAGUUUUGCGAUAACAAUCCGUGAAGCUGGCCUAGCGAAAUUAAAGAUGUUCCCGAGUAUAAUGAACGAUGAUGCACACAACAUCCAAACACAUGUCAAUGAUCUAACAUUAUUGGAUAAAGCACAAGAAGUAGCCAAAGACACACAUAAUUUAUUAAAUAACAACAGUCCUGUGUUUAUGGAAGGUAUCUUAACACCGCCACAAAGUAGUAAGAAGACGCAUGCUGCAUACGUGGCAUGAUGGAUAUUCCCGGAAACCAAACAGAAUAUUUAAUUACCGAACACGGGUUUGUGACUGACGAUCAUGAAAUGCCGUCAUUGGGACAAUGAAUUUCAUGAAAGCCGACAUCACAUGAAGUAUAUGGAAGUUUCUCCAAAUAGAUUGUAAACCUGAACUAUUAGAUGUCUUACCAAAACAUGGGUUUGUAAAUGGCGAUUGCGAAAAAUUCCGUUAUUGGAACUAUGAAUUUCAGGAGAGCCAACAUCACAUGGAGUGUAUGGAAGUUGCUCCAAAUAGAUUGUAAAUCUGAACUGUUAGAUGUCUUACCAAACAUGGGUUUGUGAAUGGCGAUUGUGAAAAUGCUGUCAUUGGGAGUAUGAAUUUCAGGAGAGCUAACAUCACAUGGAGGAUAUGGAAAUUGCUCCAAAUAGAUUGUAAAUCUGGACUACUGUUUGAUGUCACAACAUUGUGCUAAAAAAAAAACUAUGCAAAGACAACGUAGCACGGUAGCAGGUACAAUAUUUGUAGGACUACCGAUCCACUGAAGGAACAAAGGUGUGUCCUGUUAGAAACAUUAAGCAAACUUAGUUCAAAAUCUGUUCAAAGUCUGAUCUAAAGGAGCAACUCUUAAUUCAAUUUUAGGGCCUGCAAACCUUCCCUUGUGGUCGAGGAAAUAGCAACUGGACUGAUCCGUCCCAAAUACAAGGCUGAAGUUAUUUACGCAAGUAUAGUAUUGUAUUCAAAAACUGUAUACUUAGAUGUUUAUUUUUUUUUCUUUUAGUGGAAUUUGUUCAUAUGGUUUGGUGAAGAUAUUUGUAUUGUGACUUGUAUUUUGUUACAUAUGUCUUUAGAAAAUUAUUUAAUUCUAUUAAUAUAUCUCAAAUAAUCUUCAUACUUAGGGUGUACAUAAAUUGUUUUAUUUUAGCUUGUUUGCAGAAUAGAAUAAAAAUAAAAUUUUAAAAAACGGGUUUCUUGUAAUGAGCUUUUAAAAACAUUACUGUAUAGUUAAUCGAGAUAUUUGUUAAUUUUUGUAGUGUAACCUAUUGAAAAUAACAAACUAAGAUUUUACUAAUUUGGCUUUCUGUUUUUCAUACUUGUGCAUGAAAUAAUACCCUCAAUAUCUACUUAAAUGGUGUUAGCUACACAGUAUAUUCAAUGCUUAAUUAUACAGUUAUGCAAUUAUUAUGCAAAAAUCAUUAUUUGUGUUGCAGUACUAAAUGUUAUUAACACUUUUUCUGUAGUAAUUAAUUUACCAGAAUUAAGUUAACCACUGUGUAAUCAAUGGAAUAUUCUACUCCAUUUAUUUAUUCACACUUUAAUUAUGUAAUAUAUUUUUUUUCUCAAUGUAAAUUUCAGUUAAUUAUACUGUUCUGUAAUAUUAUUUUUAUGUAUCUUAAUUAGGAAGUUGUUACUGAAACAGUUUCAAUUUUAUGGGAUUGAACUAAUAUUCUCUAUACAACUAUACAUCAAUCCCUUGAAAAAGAAAUGGUUAUCAAUUUAGUGGAUUGAUGUUUUGUUGCAUAGUGAAUAUAUAUUUGCUGUUUGGGGUGAUAAGCAUGCUCUGACUCAAUUAAUACAGAGAUCAUAGAAUUUUAUUUUCAAGUUGUAUUUUUUUUUUUAUUUCAUGACAUACUUGUAUGAUACAUUAUAUUGAAUAAUCUUGCAGUACAGGUUGGUAAAGGGGGUAGUUCUGGUAAAUGAAUUCACUUAAUUAAAAUUAACGAUAAUCAAAAAAAGUUAGUAAUUGUAGGUAAUUCAAGUGUUUACUCCAGUGAAUAGACAUGGCAUGUAAAAAAAAUUUCACUCCGCAAACUCCAGAGCAUUAUUAUUAUAUUUAUUAAUUUGUAUUUAAACUGUAUUAAGCAUUAUUGUCUGUAUAUUUUAUAUUCAACUAUUGAAAUUUUUUAAAGUACUAUUUUAAAUUCACUGCCAGUUAACUGGUUAAUUUUCUAUUGCCAAUGAAAUGUGUAACCUCAUUUUUAAAGGGUUACGGAAUAUUGGAUCAUUUUUGCUGAUCAAUCUAGUAAUUUUAAAGACUUUUUUAGCCUUAGUACUAAAUCAUUUUUUUUUUUAUAUGAAUUAAUCAAGGAUAUUUCUCGUUCUGAAUGAGACAGUAAAUACAUAUCAGUUUAUAUUUUACUAUUAGGUAGUUUGAUUAAUUUCAUUGAUUACUGAUCUGUCUUUAAAUAAGUACCAAAAAUGUUAAAUUGUUUUAUGAUGUCGUGUGUGUGUGUGUGUGAUUAAAGCAGGCUGUCCUGAUAUUUUGAGAAUUGUGUCAAUAAAGUUCAUUUUUAAUGAAAACAGCAA